AUGUUGUGGAAUAGUAAACUUCCAGAAGAAGAAAAACAGAUUUGGUAUAUCUUUGGUUUAAAAAAGCAAUACCUUUAUAAGGUUAAAGCUUUUUUAUUUGAAACCUAUAAUCAAGCCAAACAAUUGGUGUUAAUAAUGGAAGUACGAAUAAAAGGUAUAAAGAAAGAAGUAAAGAAUAUAGUUAAUAAUAGAGAUAUUAAUGUAACAAGCAAAUUAGAAAAGAAUAAAAUUGAAGACUUUCUAGUAAUAAACAAUAAAACAAUGAAUGACAAUCCUAAUAAUGAUGAUAAUAACAAUAAAAACUUAAAAGUUGUUGAUGGAUUAGAUCAUUGUGAUGAAGCCGAAGUUGAUGAAGAUAAAAGUAUAGCUUUUAAAUAG